UCACAUUUCUUAAGUAUAAAUAAAGUUACGAAAAUUGUAUACUAUUAGUCCAUUUUACAUUUGAUAGUCGAAAAAGUUAAUAAAAAUGAAGUUCUUUCUUGGAUUAGGAUUUUUAUUUAUGGCGGUUUAUAAUAUACAGGCUGCAGUAAGCAAGGAUGAAGCAAUGGCCAUUGUAACUAGCUGCAAAGAAGAAACUGGGGCCUCUGAUGCCGACUUUGAGGCCAUAAUUAAACAUCAUUCGGCCCAGACUCAAGAGGGUAAAUGUUUGUUGGCUUGUUUCUUAAAAAAAGCCAAUGUGAUGGAUGAUGCUGGUAAAGUAAUUAAACAUGCAGCUUUAGACAUUUCAGAAUCCCUUAUAUCAAGUGAAGAUGAAAGGGCUCUUGUUGCUGAUAUAAUCGAUAUCUGUGAUGACAUCGAUCUCAGUGAUGAACACUGCGAAGCUGCCUUUGAAUAUGGCGAAUGCUGGAAAAAGGAAGUUAAGUCUAGAGGUAUUUCUGCAGAUCAUUUUGUUUAGUACUGAUGUACGGCUUUGGCUCUUGUCUAAAGGACAUUUCUUUUGGGAAUCAAUAAUAUUUAGGGAAUUUUAAUUAAAAGUGUCAACAAUGUAUUUCCAGUAUUUUUAUUAAAAUUUAUUAUUUUAUUUUGAGCAUAUGAAAAAAUCUAAAUAAAACUAUAUUUUUUAUUUAUUUCAUA